AUGCAGUUUUCCCCUCUGUUCUUGUAUUUGUGGCUCGCCACGAUCUUCAGCUUGCUCUCACUAGCCUCUGCGCAGCAGCACCCCCACCACAACCAUGACCGUCAUUCGCACCAUCAUCAUGCGCAACAUCAGCACCCACACCAUCGCUUGUCCAGUUCGCAUCGCCAUGCGUCGAAGCGAGCAUUUGGCGAGGCAAUGCGUAUCUGGACUCCUUCACAGGGGCCAGCUCGAAGAUCAGCUGAUUUGAAAGGCAGAGCGCUAGAGCCGUUCAAUGAAGACGCUUCACCCGGUUGGACGUUCGGUCGUGUAUACGAUAUUCCUCACUGGGAUGGUGGAGAUAGAGCUGGCUGUCGAACGACUCAAGUUUCUCGAAACCAGUCGGCCGCAUCGGAAGAAUCUGAGUUCGGGGCAAGCCACAAAGUAUCGCACCGCAAACGCCGCGGCAGCCCCAACGCAGUUGGCAAGCGAGAAACUGAUUCCGACUUUUGCACGCACAGUAACGUUGCGGUGGAAACGCCCGACGAAUCGACCUGUAAGCACGAAUACGGGACAGUUGACAUUGCGGAAAAGCUGCGCAAGCGAAUCAUCCCCACCUUCGCUCAAGUUGAGGACAUUGCCAUUAAAGGCAUCGAAGCCGGUCGGGACAUGUACAUGUCUCGAGUCCAAGCUGGAAUGCCCGGCGGACUUUUGGAAAUGCUGGUAGGGAGCAGCGAAGCGAGCCCGAACAUCAAAGCACCCAGUUCAGCAAUCAGUCAGCUGCCCAGCGGGACCGGGGCGAGUCCUUCCUCUCCUGGAUCCGGAGCUCUAGCUGGUCCUGCUGCAGUCCCACGCUUGACUACACCGAGCAGUCACACCGGGGACACCAAAGUUCCUGAAUUGAUUGGUGGUGAUCAUUCAUCCGAUGCAAAAUCGCCCGGGAGCAACGGCCUUCCGACCCUCGGGACUCCUCAAGGGACACUCCUCAACAGUUCUGUCAAGUCGAAACGACAUCUCACCGAUAUCGAACUCAGAGAUGCCGACGAACGACAAAUUCUCAGCCUUGUAUCUGCUGCGUUUGAUACUGCGGACGAGAUCAACGCAAUUCCUGCAUCACACAGAGAAAACAGCGACGACGGCACCAACGCGAGGCUGAAACGUUCAUCUCAGCAAUCUGGAACGGAUGCUGCUACUUUUGCAUUGUCGUUAACGCGCACUCUCAUGCCCGCUCUUCUGGCUACUAUUCAUGCGACGAAGAAAGUUGGAGUCGCAUUGAUCCACUCGGAGCAACAGAUACAAAAAGAGCAGAUCAGGCACCAGAAUGCUCAUCACAGGAGGAAUUCGAAGCAGAAAAAAUGGAAAGGGAACAAGAAAGCGCGGUCGGCGAGUGAUGAAAGCGGGGCUGGCAGUUCGGAUGCUGCUCAUCUUGAUUCAUCAUCGCCUGCCGAUUCUUCCGUUCCCACCUGGGCAGAUCUAGGCAGCGGACAAUGCAGAGGAACCCCUCAGCUAUGUAUGGCGCUAAUCGAGUCAGCCUUCCCAUACUGCCAUCCCGACCAACACAAUGUUCAUGUGGAUCUGGCGUCCGCGAAAGCACAGCAUCCAGAUGCCUCUGUCGAGCUAAUUCGAGCAAUCGUGUUUCACUGCACACUCAAAUGUGCUCGUUUUGCCGAGUUCGUCAAAGCGGAUCAUGGAUUCGAGGCUAAGCUGGACAAAUGCACAGGCGUGGUGCAUCUGCUCGACAAGGUCGAGUCGUUUGCUGACCAUCUUCACUUGUCUGCAGCCGAUUCUUACAAGGUAGAGCACAGUGACAAGCACGUCUCUCACUCUGCAAAGAAGCCACCUCCUCCAAAGCGCUCACUGUCAACUCAAUGUAGAUCCGCCUACCAGGCGCUCUUCACCGACGCAAAGCGGCCGGUUGCUUCGCACUCGAACAAGCUGUUCGGCUCGGUCGUCUCUGACCCUGCCUCUUUCCUUCACUGGGGCCUCGUUUCCAGCGUGUCGCAAUGUCUCCAAGCUUGCGACGAGACCUCAGGCUGCGUGUUCGUUAACAUCUACCAGCAGACAUUCAGCCUGGACAAUCCCAACAUCAAGCUUUUCAAUCGCGGCCUACUCGAUCCUACAAAGAUCAAAGAGAGCCGAGGAGACGAGUGGGAGCGCACCGAGGGCAUGAGGCUGAGAAGCAAAUUUGCAGGCAAACGAGAGGACAAGAAGAAUUCGUUCGUACAGGGCCAGCUGACUUGUGCGCUGUAUUCGAGAUGCCAUGCAUUGUGCGAUGCAGAUCAUCCAAGCGGCGGGGAUGAACCAGUUUUCUUUGAACGCUCACAGGGCUGGUGCAAGUCUAAGGCUUGUGCAUCCAAUACAGCGUAA